CCUGCAGCUGCUCGGCCCGGCUCAGCUCGGCCCGCUCCGCAGCCUGCCUCUUGCGCGCCUGUCAGCCUGCCUGCGAGGGAGGAAGCCAGCCGGGGGCCGUGGGGAGGGGCCCCAGCGCCCCGCCACGCAUCGCUCCGGCCCUCUUCGAGCUCCGACCAGCCGCCGCGUCCCGCUUCCCCCUGCUCCGAAUCCCGCAGAAAAUGAUGCAUCCUGUUGCCAGCGGUAACUCCUCUUUUUGUGGGACCGGAAAGAGUUCUUGCCUUAAUGAUGACAACGUAACGCCUACUGAUCAGUUUGACUUAUACUCCACUCAGCAAACCAAGUAUAGCCACACAGUCAGCCACAAGCCUAUUCCAUGCCAGAGACCAGAUGCGUUAAAUGAACCACACUUGCAGACCACAAGUGGCAGGAGUAUAGAGACGAAAGAUGAACUAAAGAAAAAGAAAAACCUCAAUAGAUCUGGUAAACGUGGAAGACCAUCGGGGACCACAAAAUCAGCGGGGUACAGAACAAGCACAGGUAGACCGCUGGGGACCACCAAAGCAGCUGGAUUUAAAACAAGUCCAGGCAGACCCUUGGGCACAACUAAAGCUGCAGGAUACAAAGUCAGCCCAGGGAGACCACCAGGAGCAACUGAAACAGAUGAUCUGUCUGAAAAGUUGAAUGAAGCUCCUCUGCCAUUGACUAUAGAAAGCAGUUUUGGCCAUGUAAGCAGUGACAAACCUAAGGAGUCUAUACAGUACAGGACUGCAGAAAUUGCAGAUGCUAUGAUGAGUAGUGGUGUUCCUGAAAGACAGCCUGUACUUUUGUCAGUUAUUCCAGGUGACGCAAAGGAGAGAGAUGUCUCAGAAUCUGAUUCUGGCACCUGUGAUGCAGUCAGUGGUGAAUGCAGCACACAAGGUAUUAUCACAUCUCUGUCCCAGCCUGGCUCUUCUGCUCAAGAACAGAUAAAAGACCCAGCUGUAGUACUGGAGGCUGUGCACCCUCCCUCAACAGAUGACUCUAAUUGCACAGAUGGUAUGAAAACUCCAAAAGUGAAUUGUGAAGAAAGAAACAUCACAGGGAUAACUAACUUUAUGUUACAAAUCCUGAAUGUUUCCCAAGAUUUAAUGGAAUUCUUAAAUCCAAAUGGCAGUGAUUGUACCUUAGUGCUGUUUUAUACCCCUUGGUGCCGUUUUUCUGCCAAUUUGGCUCCUCAUUUUAAUUCUUUGCCCCGAGCAUUCCCAACUCUACAUUUCUUGGCUUUGGAUGCCUCACAACAUAGCAGUUUGUCAACCAGAUUUGGAACUGUAGCUGUUCCUAAUAUCCUUCUUUUCCAAGGGGCUAAGCCUAUGGCAAGGUUUAACCAUACAGAUCGAACCCUGGAUACACUGAAAGCCUUCAUCUUUAAUCAGACAGGAAUAGAGCCGAAGACUGAUGUGGUGGUCACUGAGGAAGAUCAAGAAGGUCCUCUGCCUAGCACUCUAACUAAAGGAAUAGACUGGCUUCUUUUAUUCUCUUUACUGUUUCUUAUCAGUUUCAUCAUGUAUGCUACUGUUCGGACUGAAAGCAUCCGGUGGCUAAUACCUGGUCAUGAUCAAGAGCAUCAGGAAUAAUAUGCAACCUGAGAACUUGAUGCUUUGAGAACAAGUUAAGCUGCAUAAAAUUGUACAGUGAACAGACUGUGAUUUCUCAUGAACUCAAACCUUUUAGUGUUCCCCCCCCCAUGUUCAAACACACAGAACAUCACACAGUAAAAAUGACUUAUGGAGCAGCUGUGAAAAGAAAUAAUUGGAAACUUCAUAAAGUGGAGAUGGGAGAAUUUUCUGAAGAAAAAUACCUAUGCCUGUUGUAGAUAAGAAAAAUAGUCUGUCUGUGGUUAUUUGAUGAUGUCUAGUGAAUGGAUGACUGCUUCAUAUGGUAGAAAACUGCAUGAAAUUUCUGUGUCUUGCCAAGUGUCUGCAGUUGCAUGUUUAUGAUGCAGUAAGAUUUGAAUUAAGACACUGGUCUUGGAAAGCUCCCUGAAUGUUUGCCACUGAUUUUUCAUCUCAGAUACAUUCUUACAAAUGCAUCCUUUAAAAAAUGCAAGUAAGAGCUGUAUUCAGGUGUGGUCUUGAUAUUAGCAUUUGGACUAGGCAGUCAUUAACACUGUCAUAAUUAUGGUGCCUUAAUCUCAAUAUAAUGUUGCUGUUAAAAGCAUCUGAGUGUGUUUCUGUAAUGGCAGAGAACAUGACAUUAAUUCAUGCACUGAAGUUGUAAUAUAUUUAGCCUCUUAAAAGUGCAGAAAACACAUGAUUAAACAUUUUAAUCUUUAGCAAUUUUUAGAUACAACUUUCAGCAUGUGUGUAAAUGUGUAUAGUAUUGUGGUUAUUGUUUUGAUGUUGUGUUUUAACUAGUCUUGCCAAAUUAAGGAACAGAAACAAAGAUUGCUAAUACAGAGCAUCAGUAGGAAAAAAUUCUCAGAAUGGUUACAGGAGAGUUACAAUUUCUGCAUCAUUUUAGAUACCGCUAUCACAAUAAACUAAUUCAUGCCCAA